AUGACAGGCAUCCGUGGUAGAGCUGGAAUAUUGCUAACCAUACACCUGACGAGGCCAGGCAAAGAACAGAACGGAGAAACCAACGCCAGGUCUGGCGGAAAAGGCAACGACAACAGCGCCAACAGCAACGAGGGCAACAAACAGUCAUACGAGGAGUUGCUACGUCUUCUGGACGAAGCACAGAGGACUUCCAGGGGCCGAGUGCGAAAACCAGCUGGAGUUCUCCAGAUGGCGCUGGGAGGAGAGGAGAGUGUCGUCACAAAGUAUCAAGAUGAUUUCAUCAGACAGGCGUUAGACAGUUGACAGUCAUCCCCAGUCCUGU